GCGGUAUCUCUCAAAGCGCCACCUCCCCGUUCACCCACGAGCUGCUCUGAAGGACUACUUUCUGCGGGGUUGUCCCGGGGCGUCCACAUCCUCCUCUCCUCCUCUCUGCUCUUGGUCUCCGCCCCCUCGCUCAGAGGAGGCCUCGCCGCUUUAAGAGCUGGGUUAGCAAUUGACAAGCAAUAAACGCUGAGCGCCAGGCUGCGCUGGAGCCGCCCCAAGCUAGUGGCUCCCUAGGACUCAGGAGAGACAUUUCAGAGUCCUUGCCAACCUCACCAUGCCGGUUGCCGCCACCAACUCUGAGACUGCCAUGCAGCAAGUCCUGGACAACCUGGGAUCCCUCCCCAACGCCACGGGGGCCGCAGAACUGGACCUGAUCUUCCUUCGAGGCAUUAUGGAAAGUCCAAUAGUAAGAUCCCUGGCCAAGGCCCACGAGCGGCUGGAGGAGACCAAGCUGGAGGCUGUUCGGGACAACAACCUGGAGCUGGUGCAGGAGAUCCUGCGGGACCUGGCGCAGCUGGCAGAGCAGAGCAGCACAGCCGCAGAGCUGUCCCGCAUCCUUCAGGAGCCCCACUUUCAGGUUCUUACCCCCUUCGCCCUGGGGUGGCGACUGGGGCAGGCCGCUGGGGGAGGGGCUGGCAAGAAGUUGGAGGUGGGAUGGGAAGGGCCCAGGGCGCACUGCCCACAGUCCCUCUCCUUCCCACCGCCUCUUCAGUCCCUCCUGGAGACGCACGACUCUGUGGCAUCGAAGACCUAUGAGACCCCACCCCCCAGCCCGGGCCUGGACCCCACGUUCAGCAACCAGCCGGUGCCUCCAGACGCUGUGCGCAUGGUGGGCAUCCGCAAGACCGCUGGAGAACAUCUGGGCGUGACGUUCCGUGUGGAGGGCGGUGAGUUGGUGAUCGCACGCAUUCUGCACGGGGGCAUGGUGGCUCAGCAAGGCCUGUUGCACGUGGGCGACAUCAUCAAAGAGGUGAAUGGGCAGCCUGUAGGCAGUGACCCCCGCGCGCUUCAGGAGCUGCUGCGCAGCGCCAGUGGCAGCGUCAUCCUUAAGAUCCUGCCCAGCUACCAGGAGCCCCAUCUGCCCCGCCAGGUGUUUGUGAAAUGCCACUUUGACUAUGACCCAGCCCGUGACAGCCUCAUCCCCUGCAAAGAAGCUGGCCUUCGCUUCACUGCUGGGGACUUGCUCCAGAUUGUAAACCAGGACGACGCCAACUGGUGGCAGGCCGAGCUUUGCCCGCAUCCAUUUCAGGCAUGCCACGUAGAAGGAGGCAGCGCUGGGCUCAUCCCCAGCCAGCUGCUGGAGGAGAAGCGGAAAGCCUUUGUUAAGCGGGACUUGGAACUGACACCCACCUCAGGGACCCUUUGUGGCAGCCUUUCAGGAAAGAAAAAGAAGCGAAUGAUGUAUUUGACCACAAAGAAUGCAGAGUUUGACCGCCAUGAGCUGCUCAUUUAUGAAGAGGUGGCCCGCAUGCCCCCUUUCCGCCGGAAAACUCUGGUGCUGAUUGGGGCUCAGGGUGUGGGCCGGCGCAGCCUGAAGAACAAGCUCAUCAUGUGGGAUCCAGAUCGCUACGGCACCACGGUGCCCUACACGUCCCGGAGGCCCAAGGACUCAGAGCGGGAAGGCCAGGGUUACAGCUUUGUGUCCCGAGCAGAGAUGGAGGCUGACAUCCGUGCUGGGCGCUACCUGGAACAUGGCGAAUACGAGGGCAACCUGUAUGGCACACGUAUCGACUCCAUCCGCGGUGUGGUUGCAGCCGGCAAGGUGUGCGUGCUGGAUGUCAACCCCCAGGCAGUGAAGGUGCUGAGAACAGCUGAGUUUGUCCCUUAUGUGGUGUUCAUUGAGGCCCCCGACUUUGAAACCCUGCGGGCCAUGAAUCGGGCCGCACUGGAGAGUGGGGUGUCCACCAAACAGCUCACGGAGGCAGAUCUGAGACGGACAGUGGAGGAGAGUAGCCGCAUCCAGAGGGGCUAUGGCCACUACUUUGAUCUCAACCUGGUCAACAGCAACCUGGAGAGGACCUUUCGUGAGCUCCAGACUGCCAUGGAGAAGCUGCGGACAGAGCCCCAGUGGGUGCCAGUCAGCUGGGUGUACUGAGCCUGCUUGCCUGGACCUUGUCCCUCUGGGUUGUGACCCAGAACCCUGAGUCCAUCCUUCCCCAGCCAUGACCCUCAACCACAAUCCUUAGAUCCCAUUCCUGGCUCUCUGGCUCUCCCUGGGUAGCAGCUCUUAGUGGGCCCUAAGUCUGGCUUCAGCACAGAGGCGUGCACUGCCAGGGAGGUGGGUGUUCAUGGGGUACCUCUGUGCCCAGGUGCUGCUCCCUCCUGAUGCCCAUUAGCCACCAAACGUCCCUCUCUGAGGACCAAGCUGUUCCCAGGAGUGUAUCUGAGUCACCUUCAAAAGGCUCAGUCCAGAGAAGGGAAAAGCUGCUUUGGGACCGUGUGGUCAAUAGGUACACUGCCCUCUGUCACCUCUCUCCAGUCACCUUGUCUCCUCUGGACCGGCCACACCCACCCCAUUCCUUGGGCUCCUCUUACCUCUCACCAUUCCAUCCUAGGAGCAGGCCCUAAGCUGUUUCCCUGUGGUCUGGGGAGUGGAUAGCUCCCUGGUAGCCAGGCAGGCCCGGGUAGUGGUGCCAGCCUGGUGCCAUCCUGAAUGCUGCAGGAGCCAAAGCUUGAGCCAGUUGCCACAGCCGGGGAGCAGUGCAGACUUGGCUCCCUCGGAAUGAGGCAGAGUCCCCACAAGUGGGACACCGCCCUGUCCUUCCUCAUCCACAGCUUUUCACUGCCGAAGUCUCUCCACAGACUUCUCCUAUGUGCCCCUGACAGGUCAGCUCUGCAUUCCAAAGGACAAGGCUGGCAGGGGGCAGUGGGCUCAGUCCCACGGUGUGUUGGAGGCUGAGUCCUGUGACAAUAGCUGAGUCUCCCAGCUCUCCAUGGCCCAUGGUGGGGACAUGUCUGGGCUCCCUGUCCAUGACCAUUGUCUCUUUUGGUCUCUCUGGCCGGGUCCAAGUGGCCCAGUGGCAUCAGGGCUGCGUGUGGGGCUGAGGAAGGGUGUGGAGGGAGCUUUGUGAGCACUGGGCCCUGGAGUAUGGACUUGGUGAAGGACAUUUGUGCUCUGGCCGGCUCCUGGGAGCCCAGCUCCAGGGGGCGCCAUCCACACCGUUUCUGUGAUGCUGUGCGCCUGGUCUGUCUUUCUGCCGUGGGUGGGUGUGUGUGUGUCGGCCUUGGCUUUUGGAGAGAAGCAGAGGGUGCUUUUGCUUUGGAGGUCACUUUUUGAGGCCCCUUUUAUGGGGUUCUCCAUCAGCCCCCAUGUCUUAUGAGGCCCUUAUCCCACAUUCUAGAGCCUUGGCCCUCCCAGAUGUCCUCCUCCAGCUCUCCUAUUGUCCCCUGACCCUAAAUGCCACUCUCCAGUCCUUGGGAAGGGCAAUUGUGUAAAAUAAGAGAAUCCCUUUUAGGAAAAGAAUGCUAGACUUCCCCGGCACCUCAUCCCUCAGCCUCUCUGUGGUCCUUCCUGGGGUGAGCCUGUCCUUGUAGGGCACCACCCCAACCCCUCUGCUUCCUAGUCCUUCCGAAUGUCUAAUCAGUGUUCGCUGCAGUGUCAGCCCAAGCUGGCCCCUGUACCACUGUGUGCCCAUUUCCUAGGGAAGGGGAGGGAGAAGAAACAGAAUAUUUAUUACAAAGUUAGAAAUAUAUUUAUUAUAUUAGGGAUCUCAUUUGCAUAGGAUAUGUAAAUGAGGUGUCAAGGUCAAACCUGUUCCCAUCUCAUUUGCAUAGCUCUGCAUCCACUAUGCAGUCAUCUUUAUACCCCUCUUUCCCCUUUAGUCAGUGUUCUUUCUAUUCUUAAUUCAACUCUGCCUUGCACCACCCUCACUCUCAGCCCAGGGGACCGGGAAUGGGAGGAAAAUGGGAUAUUCUCCUGCUGGCCUGAAGCCACAGUGUCUUUGCCAGUUCCCACCUCACCUGGUGGACUUCAGAGUGGAGGCAGCCAAGCAUCCACUGUUGCUGCCACCCCUCCCCCUUGGUUAACCUCCAAAGCCCCCUGACCAAAAGAUGGGGGGUAGGCACCUUGGUGGGGAGGGGAGUUGACUCCUGGUCUUUUAUGGUGAAUCUCCAGCGUUAAUGCUGUUCUGGUACCUCACCUCGAGUGAUGCCCCCAGGGCACAAGGCUGGGCCCAUCCUCUCCUGUCUCCGCCCCCCUCUGAAUGGCCUUCUACCUCCCCUGCCUAAGCCCUACUCCUUGGACUGGUCUGGGACCAGGUUGGAACAGGCAUGUGCGCCCACUGCGUUAGCUCUGACUCUGUCCUUUCUCCUCCCACGGUGGACACUUGUAUGUGAGGGACCGCAGGAUAAUGACCCCAUCCCGUGCUGGCCACACUUAGUCCCAGGCCAGUUGCCCUUCCCCUGUCCCCUCCUUCAGCCAUCCAAUUCCUGAGCUUUCUCUCUGACUGGUUUUCUUUCUUUUCCUUUGAUUAAAUGUGAAAGCAAAGGCU